CAGCCCGAACGGGUCAUUUGCGGCCGUAGCUGCGCAGAGACCCCAGCGCGUGUUUAUUCUGUGAGCAGUGUCACGGUAAAUUACAUGGAGACUCGACUGACAUGAUCGAUUAUCACACUUUAAAUAACGCAAAAGGAACAAAUAUGCUGUUAUAACCAUAUAACUAUAGAAGAAUAUAACUUAUAGAAUGCUCUUCACUGUGAUUGAAUGACCAUAUCAGUUCAGCACUGGCAGAUUAACCUGCUACACUGUUUCGUGGCAGUUCCCAGUACAAAUUAUUAUUUUUUCUUCUUGAAUGCUUAAACCUUCAAUCUAUUUUAAAUGUUUUUUCUAUUAUACAUAAAACAUGGGUUUAUGGGAUUUUAAAAUGAUUGCAUAAUCUGCUUUAACACAGAUACAGUUACACUUUUUUUACUGCAGUUGUUUGCCCAUCUGAGACAGGUAGUGAAAAGCUGGUCAGGUUUCACUUGUCUGAUAGUGGGUUAGGGGGUCCCCUGGUGGUGUAGGCCCCACACCAACCUACAAAUGACCGCAUUUAAUUUUACAGUGCAGCACAAAAAGUGAAAUGAAGCAUUAAUGAAGUAAUGCUUUAUUAAUGCUGUGUAUAAGUGCGUAUUCAUCCUUUUCAGCCAACGUCUUUUGUGACAGAUAGGGACACUAUGGCAAGCGGAUUUAACAUAUAUAAGAUAGACAGAAUUCACAUUACAGAUAUCCGCCAAAUAUUUCUGCCCAGUCAAAACUGUAAUUUGAGUUAUUCACAACUACGUUUUGACAGAUAUGUAAUAAAUGCUAAUGGAACUAAUGACGUCAUUUAAGAUACCCGUAUUUGAAUUGCGGAUAGUGAAAAUGUAAUUGUAGAUAUUUUAAAAAACAAUUCUUCCUAGUCAUAAUACAGUUGUGGAUAUCUUCAAUUAUAAUUCUGACAUGUCACAAUGUAAUUUGGACUAGUUUAAAUGCUAUUUUACAUAUAUAAGAUGCAAUUAUAAUUUAAAAUCCUUAAAUGUUAAUAAGGCUUGCCAAAGGGACACGGUAAACUGGAUUCACGAGCUUUCUAAUGGAGGUGAAACCAAAAACCCUUUCACAGACCAGACUACCUGGGAGGAGAGAGAAGCGCUCUGACGUCACACGGCCUUGUCGCUGACACAUCAUUAGCUGCGUUCAGGCAUCAUCUGAAGCUCGGAAAAAUGACAACAACAGAUUUGCCAACCAUUACCAGGGCGUGUUUGCGAAUAAUGCCACGUUGGACGGGCUGUGGCUCAUUACAAGAAGGUUUAUUAUACAGGAUUUGACUUCAAUCAUGAUUUCCUUUAGCCCAAAAUGUCUGUAGAUGGAAAUGAACAAAAAGCUGAGUUAAAUGAAAUGCGUGGCAGCGUUGACCAAAGAACCGGUUGUUCUUCACGAAGUCGUGACAUUUACGACCGCACGCGAACGCCUCAAGAGCCACAGCAGGUUUCACGGAGGGGGAAGAAAAUCCUCAUUUGAGCUUUGUCUCUAACAACAUUUAUUGGGCAUAUAUUUAAAUCGCGAUCCGGUAGAUUAGCAACUAUUUAUAUAUUUAUCUAAACCGGUAACAUCAGGGUGAUACAGCCUUUCACAAUGCUUCAGUCUUUAGCCAGCAAUUCGUGCGUGCGGCUGAUACAGAAUCACAAAUCGACGUGGUACUUCGUGUCUCUAGUCUUGGGGUAUCUCCUCUAUCUCGUAUUCGGCGCCGUCGUCUUUUCGUCGGUCGAGCUGCCGUACGAGGACCUCCUGCGCCAGGAGCUGAGGGCCAUCAAGAAGCAGUUCCUCGUGGAGAACGAGUGUCUAACCGAGGAGCGUCUGGAGCGCUUCCUCAACAAAGCCCUGGACGCCAGCAACUACGGGGUGUCCAUCCUCAACAACGCCUCGGCCAACUGGAACUGGGACUUCACCUCCGCGCUCUUCUUCGCCAGCACCGUGCUGUCCACCACAGGCUAUGGUCACACAGCGCCGCUGUCAGAUGGCGGCAAGGCCUUCUGCAUCAUCUAUUCUGUCAUCGGCAUCCCCUUCACCCUCCUCUUCCUCACGGCCGUGGUGCAGCGGAUAAUGGUGUUCAGCACACGCAGGCCCAUCACGUACAUCCACACACGCUGGGGCCUGUCCAAGCCGCUGGUGGCCAUCGUCCACGCCACGCUGCUGGCCCUGCUGGCCGUCUCGUGCUUCUUCCUCAUCCCGGCCGCUAUCUUCUCGGCACUGGAGGAGAACUGGAAUUUCCUGGAGUCCUUCUACUUCUGCUUCAUUUCUCUCAGCACCAUCGGCCUGGGAGACUACGUGCCAGGAGAGGCGGCCAACCAGAGGUUUAGGGAGCUAUACAAAGUGGGCAUCACUGUGUACCUGAUCCUGGGCCUGAUCGUAAUGCUGGUGGUGCUGGAGACCUUCUGUGAGCUGCAGCAGCUGAAGCAGCUGAGGAAGAUGUUCUACCUGAAGAAGGAGAAGCCGCAGGACCGCCUCGCCAUUCUGGAGCACGAUCACCUGUCGUUCACAACGGUGUCCUGCGCAGCUGCUGGCCAGAAUGACGGCAAGACUCAGCCGUUCGUCAGCGUCCCCACUCUGGCCUCUCCCAACGACGACCCCAUGAUCCAGUAGGGUAAAGCAGGCAAGAGUCAAAGUAGACGGAAGGAGCUUUAUGCAAAAGCCAAUUCUAAUACUAGUGGAUAAAACGUGCACAAUAUAGUAUAUCGAGUAGCAGCAUAAAAACGUAUCUACAUAAUAAGGGAGAACAUAAAAGCUUCAAAAGGGAUGAUGAAUUCAAAGUCAGUAAGAAAAGAAAAGCCUCUGCUGUAUUUAUAACUCAACCGAGCUGAACUCCCUCAAACCGUCCGUUAUCUAUUAAAUAUGUAGGGACAUUUCAGAAGUAAUUGGUCUUUUAUGGCUCAAACCCUGUAGUUUGUCACGAAUAAUAAAGCCUGUAAGUAUUUUCAUCAUAGGUACAUACUGAAGUCACAUAGUUGUUUUGAGGUGUAUAGUACUGUACCGUGCCGCUGAGAAUUAAAACACCUCUCAAAGAUGAGCCAAACUCCAGCGAGCUUCAUCAUAUUUAGUUUCUUAUGUAAUAACAGAAGAGGGUCCAAGGACCAAUCUGUGUUUGUUGGCACGCCGAGGGGUUGUGUAAACUCUGCACUGCUACUAGAUACUUCCUCUUAGCGACGUAUUUAAACAUUCAGGGGCUUGUGGCUGAGUCAAGCUGCAGCCGUGAAAGAACAGGCUGUCCGUAGGAAUGAAAGCCCUCUAAUAAGUGCACAAGUGCGCAUUGAUAUUAUAGCCCUGUUAGACUGUGGCUUGACAGUCUGUAUUUAGCGUCUUGGCUCAUCUUUAGAAAGGCGUAAAAGAUUCCGGAUGCACGUCACAUUUUUUUUUCAUGGGCUAUAAGCAUUUCUUCAUCUUUUUGCAGUGCUGUUUCAAUUUCUCUGAGCACUAUAAUUUAUUAAUAUGUCUGAACGUGCACUGGACUGUUUGAAAGGGACAUACGGCUAGUCCGUUUAAAAGGGAGGCACAGAAGGCUGGACGUUGGGUUUUAGUUAAUGGUACUGUUGAUGAAGAAGCAGAGCAAUGGAGCGAAGUGGAAAUAAACCUGCUCAGGAACUGAAAAGUCUGAAAGGACGAAAGGGGCGAAAGGGAACUGGAGAUAAUUAAUGAGAAUGACGUUAAACUUACUUGUUCCGAAUGAUCUGUAAAAACUUUAAUCGUACUCUAAACGGGAAAAGAACAGAAAGUGUUUUGUUCCGCCUCUAAUUUAUGGUAUUUACAUCAUUUGAGUGAAGAAAUGUAUGUUUUCAGAGAAAUGUUUACAAGCUUUACUGUACUAGUAAUGAGGCAAACUUGAAACCUGCAGCUAAAACCUCCAAGUUCUGACUAAUAGCAUCACUUUUGAAUUGGUUCAGACAAACAUGUUUGUUGCUGAGGGUUCAAAUGUGCUGACAGGAGAAAAUAAUGUAACUCACUUUCUGUCUCUAAUCUUAAUUACCACAUACAGUAACUGACUGUGCAUUUAUUGUUUCUGCUACGUCACCACAUAAUGACACAGUGCAGCUUUUUUUAAGAGUCUUGAAUGUUUUUGAAUGUUCAUGCUACAGCGACCACAUUGCAGCUCUACGACUCUCUGCUGUCAUACUUUAGCGUGGGACCGUGUGUACAUAUGUAAAUGAGGUGUCAUGACCGCACCAUCACCUUUACCUGUGUGAUUCGUGCUACUCAUUGAUCUACAAUACUGUUUCCGAUUGAUGGGUGAGGCUGCGGUUCUCGUUUGUCACCAGCGUGGGCCUUCAUGGAAACUGUGAACCACUGUUCGUCUUAUCUUCUGGGAAGAAGAACUUGAAAUUUGCCAAGUUGCGUUUUGUAGGUACAUUAAACAGACAGACAUCGCAGCGCUGAGCUUUCAGCUUUCCUGUUUACAGCAGCGCUUGUCAUCAUGCACACGGGGUUUGUCCUGAAGACGAGAGCUGGUGAAGUAGCUUUAGUUCUGUUCAGGGACUAAACUUUGCGUCGAGCGUUACACAUGGAAGCACACUGACCUUAUUUAUUUAUGCUGAUGAAACUUGUAUUCAAUAUAUUGAAUCUUAGAUUAAUGUAUAGACAUUAGAUUCACGUUCUCAGUAAAACGAAACAGCAAGGUUUCAUGCACAAGUUCAACACACGUAAGUUGCUCCAUGAAAUGUAAAAUAUCAGUGUGUCUUAAAUAAAGUGUUGGUUUCUUAUUACUUA